AUGGGGCUCUCCACCGAGGCUGUCAAUAACAUAACGUCCACCCUCAACGCUGCCUGUGUUGAUGGGGAUAAAGGUAUUCCGGGUUUGGUGGGUAUAGCCAUUGGAAAGGAUGGUAAAGAGCUCUUCGCUCAUGCUGCCGGCAAGCGAGGCUUCGGCACCUCUGAGCCAAUGACCCUUGAUAGCAUCUUUUGGAUAGCAUCGUGCACCAAGAUGAUUACUGGUGUUGCAUGUAUGCAGUUAGUGGAGCAAGGCCAACUGUCCCUGGAUGAUGCGAAUCAAGUCGCUCAGCUGUGCCCUGAGAUCAAGAAUUUGAGUGUCUUGCAGCCUGGUGGCAAGCUCGUCCCAGCGAAGAGAGGUAUCACGUUGAGAAUGCUGUUGUCGCACACAGCGGGCUUCGGCUAUACAUUCUUUCACGAUGGCCUUCGUGAUUACAGCAAGCCCAUCGGGUAUGAUGAAUUCUCGGGGCAUAUCAAAGAUUUGAUUCAGCCGCUGGUUCAUCAGCCGGGUGAGGGCUGGCACUAUGGAGUCGGCAUAGAUUGGGCGGGUAUAUGCGUCGAACGUACCACAAAGAUGUCGUUGAACGACUAUUUUCAACGCAACAUAUUCCAGCCCCUAGCCAUUAAGAAUAUCUCCAUGUUUCCCAGUGCUGAAAUGAAGGCAAAGCUGGCAUACAUGAAUGCGCGCACCCCAGAUGGUCAGCUUCAACCACGAGAUCAUCUCCACCACCGGGCAUUGGUCGUGGAGAGUCAGCAAGACAUUGCGACAUGCGUUAACAGCGGAGGAGCCGGUGCAUUCGCAAAGCCUCGAGAGUACUGCCAAAUCCUAGCGACUUUGCUUAAUGACGGCACAUCGCCGAUUACCGGGGCUCAAAUUCUGAGAAAGGAGACAGUGGAUAUGAUGUUCCAAAACCAGAUUCCCGAGUUCCCGGACUUUUCACGCCAGGGCAUCCCUCCAGCCAAGCCGGACCUGACCAAUCCGAUACCAGACUUGUAUCCCGGCAAGCAGCAGGGCUGGGGUUUGACAUUUAUGCUGAGUGAUGGAGCAACCGGCAGGUCGACGGGCACAGGCCAUUGGGCGGGCCUCCCCAACCUCUACUGGUGGUGCGAUCGAGCUAAGGGCGUAGCGGGGAUGAUUUGCUCUCAAAUCCUUCCUUUUGCAGACCCUCAAGUGCUUGGUCUCUGGGUUGCUCUCGAAUCGGGAGUGUACAGUGGCCUCACUUAG